GGGAGAGAGACAGACUGGAUCACAGAGAGUGCCAAGGUGUGAUGAGCAAAGGGCAAGAGAGAAAUACAGGUUUGAAGAGUCUGAAUUUGAAUUGCAGAGGGAAACACAAGAUAGGGUAGAGAGAGAGAGUAAGAGAGUAAGAGAGAGAGAGAGAGAGAGAGAGACUGAGGGGUGUGUCAUAGCAAGUUAGUUCCUCGAGGAAGUACAACUCAACAUUAUCUUAAGACAGGGUGGCAGCACUGACAGAAGCGCUGCAGGAGGGCAGUUUUUUCAGGUUUUGGUUCUGCUCGUGGUGAAGAUAAAGGGAUCUCAUUAAAUCAACCGACCUGUGCUGUCAGCCUUAAACACAGAGCAGAGUGUGUGAGAGAGAGAGAGAGAGAGAGAAAUAUCUGACACACACCAAGAGGGAGGGGGACUCAUCACACACACACGCACACACAGGCAAUCAUGGACUCCUUCAGCUCCAAGGACAUGGCCUUGAGGGCGCAGAAGAAGAUCCUGAGCUCCAUGGCCACCAAAAGCUCUGUCCAAAUGUUCAUUGACGACACCACCAGCGAGAUCCUGGAUGAACUGUACCGCGUCUCCAAAGAGUACUCUGGUAAUAAAACGGAGGCCCAGAAGGUGAUCAAAGACCUGGUCAAGAUUGCCGUGAAGAUUGGCUUGCUGUUUAGGAACAACCGUUUUAGCACCGAGGAGCUGGCAGUGGCCACCGAUUUUAAGAAGAAGCUGCACCAGGGGGCCAUGACGGCUAUCAGCUUUUACGAGGUGGAUUUUACCUUUGAUAAAGCAGUGAUGGAGGAACUCCUCACCAGCUGCAGGGAUCUGCUGCUGAAGCUAGUGAACACCCACCUCACCCCUAAAUCCCACGGUCGCAUCAACCACGUCUUCAACCAUUUCUCUGACCCAGAGCUCCUGUCCAAACUGUACGACCCCAGCAGCCCCUUCCGAGACCACCUUACCAAGAUCUGCAAAGGACUCGACAAACUUAUGGAGGAGGGGACAAUAUGACAUAGAAAUAAUACAAUCACAGACAGACACUGGGAGAUCAACAGGCAAGACUCAGCUGAGACUCAGAACUGUUGAACACAAUUGGUCUUACUGCUGCGGUGGACUCGCAACGCAAGACAAUUGAUUUGAGAACAAAACUGCUGCCCCAUCAUUCUCAAAGAACAUGUGGGAUUAAAAAAUAAAGUUGGUUGACUCAUAGUGCGUUCCAUUUGUACUCGGAAGUCGGAAUUUCCGAGUUCAAAGUCGGAAACACGCCCCUCCCCCGAAGUCAGAUUUCCAAGUUGGGAAGCGUGGACAACCUGGCAGCACCCCAAGCUCCCAAUCCAUCAACAGUAGUGAAAGCUGUAGUAACACAGUUUAUUAGCACUUCAGUCUUAUUUGUGUCCCACUAAAUCAGUUGUACACAAAGUCCAACUUCUGUGGACAUGGCGUUACGCUGUUUGUACGUACAAAUAACAGCCUAAUGCGUUGUUAUACUGGUAUCGCUAACAACGGCUAACCAAUCCAACCGUGAAUUCCGACUUGUUAAAUGGAACGCAUUCAACUCGGGUUCGACGUCAUUUGUGCUCCGGCUUCCGAGGUAAAUGGAACGCACUAUCAUUCCUUAAGAUUUCAAUGUUUAGAGAUGAUAUAUAGUGUAUAAUUGUGAUAUAUAUACACACUUGUCUAUUGAGACAAAGUUCAGAAACCAAACUUGGAUAUAUAUUGGUUUAUACUGUAUCUGCUGUUUUAUUAGAUUAUGAAAUGUCUUCAAAUGUUAAAUAUCUGAGAACUUGAAAUGUUUCACAACUACUGAUGUUAUCAGGUUAUCUGGAGGAGGAGUUAGAACAGCUGGAAAGAUUUCAUAAAGAGAACCAACAGGGAACAAUGCCACUGUAAUACAACACUGCCAUCUGGUGGUCAAGAUGACGCUUCGGCAACUCAAUGUACUGUAUUUACUGAGGUGCCUGGAAGUCAAUGCAGCCAAUAAUAAAGAAAGUAACCACAAAGUAGGAAAUUACUUACACCAACACUUUGCAGUCUCAGCUUCAAAACAUGUUUAGAAGCUCUGCAGCAACAAAAAGACUGACUCUUAAAUGGUGUUGACUGCACAAGCUUGAAUGUCAAUCCUAUAAUUCAUGUUUUUCUGAAGAUUGGAUCACAGAUAUUGGCUGAGAUUAAGACAGGUGUUGUUCUUUGGGUUUAAUUACAAAGACAUAAAAAAAAAACAGACAAGGGGGAAAAAUUAAGCCCUGACGGACACUUCACUUUCUUCUUUGUGUAA